AUGGCUGAGCCACAGGAGGGCUGGGUCAGGGCCACGGCCACGGUUGAGCCCCGGGAGGGCUGGUCCGGAUUAACCUCGUUUUGCUCUGCGUUGCCUUCUCAGGGGGAGGCGAAGAGGCUAGGACUCGUCGGUUGGGUCCAAAAUACUAGCCAUGGCACCGUGCAAGGACAAAUUCAAGGUCCGACUGCCAGGGUACGGGAGCUGCAGGAGUGGCUCAGGAAGGUAGGAAGCCCCCAGUCCUGCAUCAGCCGAGCCGAGUUCAGCAAUGAGAAGAAGAUCACGGCGCUGGAGCACAAGGACUUCCAGAUUUGGAAAUAACUUUGUCCAGGAGCAUGAGCUGCCCACGCAGAGCGCUUCCCCUCUUCCCCGUUCGUUCAGUCAGCCACCAUCCGGCUCCGGAGGACUUUAUUUUACUGCGUUUCUAAUUUAUUGAGUUUGUUGCACUGUUAGCCUAACUCUCAGCCUUUCACAAAACGUUGGCAGGUAGGGGAGGAGCUGUGCUAUCUUUAUUGAAGGGACGCAGCCUCUUCAUGUCUGAGCGCCCGCGCAGAGGGGAGUUUGAGUAGUUGCACAGGAGAGAAAUUCGUUGUUUGUAUAGCGUCACGCUGACGUGGAGGAAAUCACAGAAUCAAUGUCCAUACGUAGUGUUGCUGAAAACGCCAUUCCUGUGCUCUGAAUGCCUCAGAAACAGUCUUGUUUUGUUUUGUUCCAGAACGUCAUUUUUCCUUUAGAAUAAAAUUGCCUGGCGCUUCUUG